AUGUCUGACGCUCUUCCUGAGAUGGAGUACCGCCACCUUGGCCGGACAGGACUGAAGGUUUCUGUCAUUUCCCUGGGUAGCUGGCUCACUUACGGUGGCCAUGUCGGCAACGAAAUUGCGUUCGACUGCAUGAAGGCUGCGUAUGAUGCUGGCAUCAACUUCUUUGAUACCGCCGAGGUUUACUCUGGUGGCCAAUCCGAGAUUGUCCUCGGAGAGGCAAUUAAGAAAUUUGGCUGGAAGCAGAAUGAUCUUGUGAUCUCAACCAAGAUCUACUGGGGCCGCGCCAACGCCGCCAACCCUGCCAAGCCACUCAAUAACAACGGCCUCUCAAGAAAGCACAUUGUCGAGGGCAUGAACCAAUCCCUCAAGCGACUGGACCUGCCAUACGUAGACAUUGUUUACGCCCACCGCCCAGACCGCGACACUCCAAUGGAGGAGGUCGUCCGCGGCUUCAACUAUCUCAUCGACAACGGCAAGGCCUUCUACUGGGGAACAUCAGAGUGGUCCGCAAGCGAGAUCUCAGAUGCCUGGCGCAUCGCUGAUAGAUUGGGUCUCGUGGGCCCCGUCGUUGAGCAGCCACAAUAUAACCUUCUUGCACGCGAGCGCGUGGAAAAGGAAUAUCGCUGGCUCUACGAUGCCCACGGACUGGGCCUUACUACCUUCUCGCCGCUUAAGGGGGGUGUCUUGACAGGCAAGUACAAUGGGACUACGGCGCCACCACCGGGUUCUCGGCUAGCAGAGUCUGAAGAUGGAUAUGUGAAGGGUCUGCGCAAGACUGUUGGUGACGAUGCGUGGACCAAGCAGUUGGAGCAGACGGCUGCUUUGAAACCUAUUGCUGAUGGUCUGGGCAUUACCACUGCUCAGCUGUCUCUGGCGUGGAUUUUGAAGAAUCCCAACAUCUCUUCCAUGAUAACCGGUGCUUCGCGGCCAGAGCAGGUGCGGGAUAACGUGCGUGCUUUGGCCUUUGUUGAUAAGUUGACACCCGAGGUGUUGGAGAAAAUUGAGAAAGCAGUUGACAACCAACCGGCUGAGGAGAAGCGCCGAUUCUAA